UCAGGGUGCGCUUAUUGAGGGUUGCAGGUCUGACUGCAUGAAGUGAUCACAUCUAUUUUAAAAUUGUAACUGCACUGUAGACAAGACCAGGAAGAAUGUUGUUUGCCAUGUGAUACAAGAACACAGAAAUGGGGUCCCGGAUCAAAGACAAUCCUGAGAGGACGUUUGAAUGGUUCUUUGAAGCCUCGUGUCCCAUAGCAAAGGAUAAAGACCCUGAAGUUUUACUGCAGUUCCCUGGGGAUUUCAAUGGCCAGGAAUGUCUUCAGACUCUUCCCAGGUUCUGCUUCCCCUUCGAUGUCGAAAGGGUGAGGGAGAUCCCGGUGGUCCAGCACUUCACCUUCGUUCUGACUGACCUGGAGGGGCAGCAGCGUUUCGGGUUCUGUCGACUCACCUCCAGGACCUGCCUCUGUAUCCUCAGUUACCUUCCCUGGUUUGAAGUCUUCUACAAGCUUCUGAAUAACCUAGCUGACUACCUGACCAAAGGACAGAGAAGCGAGAUGCUGGAUUUGUUGUCAGCGUUGUACAAACACCCAGUCCCUCAGCUGGGCAGCCCCGUGCUUCUCACACUUGGCCAGCAAUUGCAGAUAAUCAUGGGGACUCAAAAUGGUGUGACUGCAGGGAGUCCGACGAUUCCCUAUUUCAUAGCUCCGGACCCUGCAGGCCUGCCCUCCAUUCCUGAGAGUAGGAACGUGACAGAGCUGGUUGUCUCUGUGGAUGUCACUAACAUGCUGCACCUGUACGCCAGCUUGCUGUUUGAGAGACGCAUCCUCCUGGCCUCCAGCAAGCUCAGCACGCUCACUGCCUGUGUCCAUGCCUCAGCAGCCAUGCUGUAUCCCAUGUACUGGCAGCACAUCUACAUCCCAGUCCUGCCCCCACAUCUACUGGACUACUGCUGUGCUCCCAUGCCCUACCUGAUCGGAGUGCAUUCAAGCCUCAUGGAGAGAGUGAAGAGCAGAGCUCUGGAGGACGUAGUCAUCUUAAACAUCGACACGAACACCCUGGAAUCCCCGUUCGAGGACCUGGAGAAACUGCCAGCUGAAGUGGUGUCCCACUUGAAGAUGAGACUCAAGAAGCAGUCUGGAGCCACAGGAGACGGCGUGGCCAGGGCAUUCCUGAGAGCUCAGGCCCUUCUCUUCGGGGGCUACCGAGAUGCACUCGCUUGUGAGGGGGAUGAUCAGAUCAUCUUUAUGGAGGAAACCUUUAUAAAUCACAAAUCCAACCCCAUGAAACAGUUCCUACAAAGCGCAGUCCAUCUCCAGCUCUUCAAACAGUUCAUCGAUAACCGUCUGGAGAAGCUCAACUCUGGCAAUGGAUUUGGAGAUGUGUUUGAAGAGGAGAUAACACACUGUGGACUGUCUGCAGGUGCCUCAAAGUCUCACCAGCAGUGGGUUGACAAUUUAAAGAAAGGAGGCGGCGCAUUGAUUCACACAGUGAGAGCCAAGACUACACCAGGCGUGAGGCACAUGUACAGAUGUGCCAAAGGUCAUGCAAAAUUGGGUCUGAAGGAGAUGAAAAGCAGACUGAAGAACAGGGACUCCAGUGAGGAUCGGCAGUUACAGAGAGGGGGGUCCCUACGCUGCGAUCUGGGUUCAGGCUCCCAGUUUCAGAGAAAGAUCCAGUCUGACUGUCUACAGGACCGCCUGCCCAUCACACAACACUUUGGCAAGUCUCGCCCGAGGCGGCCCACCCGACGUUACACAAGCCCGCUGGGAGAGAGUGAUGCGAUGGACAAGAACAGAGCCUGGGCGCUCCGCUGGGACGAGGAUUAUGGCUCUCCUGAAAAUGGUGUUCAAGGGGCUGCCGAUGAUCCCGGUGAGCCCGAAGACUUUAAUUUCCUGUCGGGCUCCAGUGAGAUGGACUUGCUUGGGGAGAUUUUUGACACGCUCAGUACCCAGACCUGCCAGGAGAGGGGGCUGCUGUACGGGACCCGCAGUCUGGACCUCUUCAGCUCUGACAGCUCCGACUACAUCCGGAGAGUGAGAUCCAUCACUCCCAGUAAUGAGAGCCUGACUUCCCCUCCAUGGAGAGCUGGGAGCGACUUGGGCUGGGAGCUUGAAGAAGAAGAUGAGUGUUCUCUGGAGUACGGAGCGUCUUCGACUGACGAUAUCGCUUCCGAGGACCCGACGGCUGAAACCACAGCAGCGCAACCCGGCGCAGGCACUUUAACAGUCACCUGCAUCGCGGGGACCUCAGGGGAACCCGACGGCAAUGUCCUUAAACGCAACAGCGGCAGGUGGGAUCGGGGGAUCGCAGAGAACGAGGGAAAGGACGGAGGAGAGGAAGGCAACUCUGACUCCGUUGCACAGACGCCAACCAGAAUCCCCUUGGAGAAGGAGGGAGCAGAGAGAGGUCAAACAGGCUCAGAGGACAACCAGGGGUCAACAGGAAGUGCUGGGAAAAGGGACCAGGGAUCUACAGGGAGUACAGUGGUGCAGGUCCAAGGGUCAACAGGAUGUACCACGAGUCAGAAAUCAACAGGAAGUGAGGAUACCGAGCAGGGGUCAACAGGAAGUACAAUGGUGGAUGGCCAAGGGUCAACGAGUCAGAAAUCAACAGGAAGUGAGGAUACUGAUCAGGGGUCAACAGGAAGCCCAAAGUCCAUUACUGAGGGCAAGGAGGGAGUUGAUACCCAAGUGAAGACCCAAGGAGAAGUCACAGGGAACGUGGAUAGAGCUGGUAAUGAAGUGCACUGUAGCAGUGAAGACAGCGCUAGCUCCUCUUCAUGCUCAGCAAACCAGGAUUCAGGGACAGACCAGAUCCAGUCUCCCAGGGUGCUGUCCGCUGUGGCUCUCUUCCAAGCCAAAGGGAAGAGCCCAGAACUAAGGCCCGGUCCGGCUCGGUUUGGGUGCAUCCGUCGCGGGGCGGACGCCAGCCCAGGGAGGAAGAGCCCAGCUUUGGAUCCCGCACGGAAUGGGAGAUUAGAGACCCAGGCGGCCAGCCUGGAGGCCCUGGAACCGGAGAGGGAGCCUGCAGUGCAGUCCUCACCCAGCCCGGCGCCCGACCCGCUGCCCGUGAAGAAAGUGUCCGAGCUCAAGAAGAGGUUUGAAGCAUGACGGGGGGAGGGAAGAGCAAGAGAACGCAGCAAAGACGCGACGAAGGGUCACGCUUCUGAUCAGGACCCGUUUCAUUUCAAAGCGCUUUUCAAAACGCCCGCUCCUGUGCACUGAUAGCGUCAGGAUUACCGCCCACAUUGUCAGGCAGGUAACGCAGCAAGAGCGAUCCACGAUGCGGUACGGAACAGAAAAGCACUUAAGUUUUUUUUGGUUUGUUUUUAAAUCGCUCUUCCUGCAGUGAUUUAGAGGACAGAUCUCAAACCGCAGUGCACUAGAACAUUGAAACAGACUUUAAAGUUAGAAGUGUAAAAAGUUGUCAGGGUGUUUAACAAUGAAAAGGUACGUUAUUUUUUUAAAUGGUUGUAGAACCACGUGGGGACGUGUAAUGCUAGAUUUUUAAGAUUACCGGUAACUUACUCUUUAAGAAAAGAGUUUACAAAGUUAUUAAUACAUUUUUUAAAAUAAAAAUAGACCAUGUAUUUUUUUAAAUUUAAAAAAUAAAACCAAUUAACUGUUAACAACUAGAUUAUCAUUUCAACGAAUGUGGUCAUUUUCUUUUUAAUGAUUGCUAUUGGAGUGCCAUUUAAAAAGCCGUUCAAAGGCAGUAAUAUAAUUCACGCAGGUCCUUUUAAAGACUUACUGUAGUAAAGUGCUGUAAUGAAAUCAGGGUCAGUACCACUGUAUGGUACUUUUACUCAGCAUGACCCGAUAAAAUAGGGUUUGUUUUUUUAAACAACGACCCCAAACU